AUCAACAUGAGCCUGGAUAGUGAAUCUGAACGGGAACAGCUCUACAAGGACGAGAAGACCGACUUUCAGUACCGAGAGAUACAGCGCAACCACAGUGAUGGUCAGUUAUCGUCGGUUCAGGUUCCCGCAGUUAACGCUGUCAACGUAGAAGAGUUCAAAUUGUACAAGCGACGAUGGUUUGUUCUAUUGUUGGUUACGUUGCAUGCUACGUCUGCACAAAUGAUUUGGUUAUCUUUCAGUCCCGUGGCAACCGAAGCGGCUGAAGUGUAUUCUGUCAAUCCGUCGAGUAUUAAUCUGUUUUCACUGAUAUAUUUAAUUCUAUCGAUUCCAAUGGGGUUUGUGGCAACGUGGCUCCUGGAUACCUUCGGCAUUAGACUAUCGUUAAUUCUAGCAUCAUGGGUGAAUACUAUCGGUGGCAUCAUUAGAGUACUCAGUACUAUGGAUUUUGUCAGUUCCACAUAUACAUUUCCCGUGGCAAUGGCUGGUCAAGUGGUUGCAGCUAUGGCAUAUCCCGUAUUCAUCUCUUGUCCGUCUAAAGUCUCUAAUAAGUGGUUCCCUAAAAACCACAGAACGUUUGCAACGAUGGUGGCGUCGUUUCCCGGUGGAUAUUUGUUUGCCAACCUCAUAUCUCCCAGGUUGUUUAAAGACGCUGAACAUCUACAUGGUAUGCAGUUAUUGCUAAUUGUUUAUAGCAUUCCUGCUGCUGUCGGGACAGUCCUUGCAACAUUCGGUAUGUGUAGCAGUGUACCACCAACACCGCCAUCAGCGGCGGCACAGCAGCAAGACGAACCAUUUUGGCCCGGUCUGAAAAAGAUAUUACGAAUUAAAGCUUAUUGGUUGUUAUUGCUGUGUAUCGGGUGUGGUAUUGGUUUAUUCAAUGCGAUUAUUUUGUUGUUGGAACAGAUACUUUGCUCCAAUGGAUAUCCUGUGAUUUUUUCAGGUAUAUGUGGAGCCUUAGUCAUCGGCGUUGGAUUAAUUGGAAUGAUUACAUUCAGUCUUAUUCUUGAUAUAACCAAAUUAUACGAAGAAAUUACUAAAAUUGCCAUGGUUAUUGGUGUGUCAUCAAUAAUCGUCUUUGAGAUGAUAUUGGUCAUUCCUGAUAUUGAACCAGUACUCAUCGUUCUAGCAUCGCUGUCUGGGUUUGGUAUAUUGGCAUCAGUUCCACUGACACUAGAAUUAGCUGUAGAAACAACGUAUCCCAUUGCCCAGGCAACAUCAGCAGGAUUAAUAAUCGUCUCGGGUCAUAUACAAGGAAUAGCUUACACUUUUAUAAUGCAAGCACUUAAACGACCAUUACCGGAGUACAAAAUAAAAACACAGACAUGUGUUCAAAACGCAACAUCGAGUCAAGAUAAGGAACUACCACAAGAUAUGACAGUAUCCACCAUGUUUUCUGGAGGUUUACUUGCUGCCGCUGUUAUAAUAUUUAUUGUAUUUUUUAAAACUGAUUGUAAAAGAAGGAAAAUGGAACUUUCUGCAAGUGUAAAUGUACAAAAGAAGGAAAUCUCAGAACGAACCCCCGUGUGUUGAAAGUGCUGUGCAUAUAAGAAAUAAUACAAAUAAUAAAAGAGAAAUAUAAACAAAUCUUUAGAAAUGAAGAGAACUAUAGUUCUGACCACAUUUAAUCUGGAGAAAUAGUACACCGGAAAUAUCGAUUGAAUAUAAAAUCGAUUAAAUGUUAAUAUUAGAGGUCUCGAUAAUUGCUUCAUAUAUUUUACAAAAUUCAAAUGGGAGAGAUAGAAUGUUGAUUUUAAAAGUUAUAAAGGAGGAAUAUGAAGAGGUUUAAUUAUUCCAAGGUUUGACUUUUGUGGUGUGGGG